GCGGCGGCGGCGGCGGCGGCGGCACUGGCGGCACUGAGCGCCCAGCGCUGCUCGGUCGGCCUGUUGAGCCUUCACACCCGCUUCCAUAAGGCCUUGCCUUUCCAACUUCAGCUACAGUGUUAGCUAAGUUUGGAAAGAAGACCAAAGAGACCCCCGGACCGUUCCCCCCCACCUCCCUCCCUUUUUUUUUCUUUUUUCUUUUUGCCAUAGUCGUCGUCGGGGUCUUUUUGCACAAAGCUGUUGUGGUUUUCGCGGUGCUCUCUUCAGUUCCUUGCACUCCUGUUAACAAGCACCUCAGCAAGAGAGGCAGCAGCAGCCGCGGCAGCAGAAGAGCAAGCGGAGGCGCCUGGUGUCAUGACCAGGGCAGGAGAGCACAACCGUCAGGGAGGAUGCUGCGGAUCCUUAGCAAACUACCUGACCUCUGCAAAAUUCCUCCUCUACCUUGGUCAUUCUCUAUCUACUUGGGGGGAUCGGAUGUGGCACUUUGCAGUGUCUGUGUUUCUGGUAGAGCUCUAUGGAAACAGCCUCCUCUUGACUGCAGUCUACGGGCUAGUGGUGGCAGGGUCUGUUCUGAUCCUGGGAGCCAUCAUUGGCGACUGGGUGGAUAAGAAUGCCAGACUUAAAGUGGCCCAGACUUCACUGGUGAUCCAGAAUGUUUCGGUCAUCCUGUGUGGAAUCAUUCUGAUGAUGGUUUUCUUACAUAAAGAGGAGCUUCUGACCAUGUACCAUGGAUGGGUUCUUACUUCCUGCUAUAUCUUGAUCAUCACUAUUGCAAAUAUUGCAAAUUUGGCCAGUACUGCUACUGCAAUCACAAUCCAAAGGGAUUGGAUUGUUGUUGUUGCAGGAGGAGACAGAAGCAAAUUAGCAGAUAUGAAUGCUACCAUACGAAGGAUUGACCAGUUAACCAACAUCUUGGCCCCUAUGGCUGUCGGCCAGAUUAUGACGUAUGGCUCUGCUGUCAUUGGCUGUGGUUUCAUUUCCGGAUGGAAUUUGGUGUCCAUGUGUGUGGAGUACUUUCUGCUCUGGAAGGUUUACCAGAAAACCCCUGCUCUAGCUGUGAAAGCUGCUCUUAAAGUAGAGGAAACUGAGUUGAAACAGCUGAAUUCAUACAAAGAAACUGAGCCAAAACCCCUGGAGGGAACUCAUCUAAUGGGUGAGAAAGAGCCUGAAAUCCACGAGCUUGAACCUGAGCAAGAGCCAAGCUGUGCCUCCCAGAUGGCUGAGCCCUUCCGCACCUUCCGAGAUGGAUGGGUCUCCUAUUACAAUCAGCCAGUGUUUCUGGCGGGCAUGGGUCUUGCUUUCCUCUAUAUGACUGUCCUGGGCUUUGAUUGCAUCACUACAGGGUACGCCUACACUCAGGGGCUGAGCGGGUCCGUCCUCAGUAUUUUGAUGGGAGCAUCAGCCAUAACUGGAAUUAUGGGAACUGUGGCUUUUACGUGGCUGCGUCGAAAAUGUGGCCUGGUUCGGACUGGCCUAAUCUCAGGAUUUGCACAGCUUUCCUGUUUGAUCUUGUGUGUAAUCUCCGUGUUCAUGCCCGGAAGCCCCUUGGACCUGUCUGUUUCUCCUUUUGAAGAUAUCCGUUCUAGGUUCAUUCAAACAGAGCCACUUUCAAUUACACCUACAGAAUUACCUGCAAUCAUCUCUACAGCUGAAAUACACAAGUCAAAUGAGUCUGAUCCUGCUAGUAUUAUCCCAGAGAUGAGUCCUAAAUCUGUGCCCAUAACCUCUGUCAGUCUGCUGUUCGCAGGCGUCAUUGCUGCUAGAAUCGGUCUUUGGUCCUUUGAUUUAACUGUGACACAGUUGCUGCAAGAAAAUGUAGUUGAAUCUGAAAGAGGCAUUAUAAACGGUGUACAGAACUCCAUGAACUAUCUUCUUGAUCUUCUGCAUUUCAUCAUGGUCAUCCUGGCUCCGAAUCCUGAAGCUUUUGGCUUGCUCGUAUUGAUUUCAGUCUCCUUUGUGGCAAUGGGCCACAUCAUGUAUUUCCGAUUUGCCCAGAAAACUCUGGGCACCCAGCUUUUUGUCUGUGGUCCUGAUGAAAAAGAAGUUACCGAUGAAAAUCAAACUAACACAUCUGUUGUGUAAGACAGUUUAACUGUUGCUCUUGCUGUUACUAGAUUAUGAGGGGCCUGUGUGUUUAUUUUGUACUUUGGAAUCCCAAUAAAUAGCUGGGUGUCUCUCUUUGGUUUUACACAGCUAUACCUUGAAGGCUAAAAGCUGUUUAGGAAAUCUUAAGCCAGCAGAAGUGAGCUAGUUAUUUUCCCUUAUAUUCAAAGAUGGAAAAAAAAUAUGGAAAGAAAAACUCGGUUUAAAUACGGAGA